CGGCCGAGAAAAGAGAGCAGGACAGUAACGGUAACCGAGCUGCUGGAAAUUAAAUUAACAGUGGAAAACACUUCUAGCGUGGAUAAACGACCCUUUAAACAGGCUUGGAUCACCUGCUUCCUCAUCUUUGCAUCUUCAGAUGGAAGAAUUGAUGAUGGUGCCCUCUGGUCAGUGAAGAAUCGUCAGAGCUGGGAUGAAAAUGCUUUCUGUUUUCCUCCUGGAUCUUUAAGUCACAUCACUAGCUUUUUCUUUUUUUUUUUGGUAUUUUUUCCACGACUAUACAUUUUUUUUCCCCCCUCAUCUUUUGUUUGUGUUGUGAAGACAUUUUGGCAGAGCCCCAGUGUUGACUAGGUUAGUGAAGUCAUGGCAAACAUGUGCCCUUACGGCCGCUUCACCCACGCCGUGGUGCGGGGCAUCCCGGAGAACUUUGGGAGCGCUGCGGGAGACGCUCGCAAGAACGGCGAGGUCUCCGUGGACCUGGCCAAGGCUCAGCGGCAGUUCGGCUGCCUGACGGGGGCGUUGAGGCAGAAGGUUGGCCUGCAGCUCAUUGAAAUCCCCCCUGACACUGAGCUGCCAGAGAGCUGGAGGAUAGAGGAUGUGGCAAUCAUCCAAGGAGACACGGCGCUCAUCACCAGGCCUUUCAAGCACCAGAGACGCAGCGAGGUGGAUGCGGUGAGGCGGGUGGUGUCGGAGCUCAGCCUGAACGUGGUGGAGAUGGGCGGGGAGCACGGGGAGUCUGGAGGGGCCACACUGGAGGGCAGCGACGUUCUCUUCACCGGGAAAGAGUUCUUCGUCGGCCUCUCCUCCCACACCAACCGCGGGGGGGCCGAGGUGCUGGCUGACACUUUCAGGGACUUUGCCGUGUCCACGGUUCCCGUCUGCGGCGGAGCUCGUCUGAAGCACAUCUGCUCCAUGGGAGGAGCCGACACCAUCAUCAUCAGCAGCAGUGACGGGGCCAAGAAGACACUGCGGAUGAUGGAGCAGUUGACUGAUCACCACUACGAAGUGCUCACCAUCCCAGAGGAAUCUGGAGCAAACUGCAUCUACAUUAAAGGCCCGUCCAAACGGGAUUUCCUGCUGCACAGACCUGCAGACGAAUGCCCCGACAGCAUCUCUGCCUUCCAGAAGCUGCAGGACUACACCCUCCUGCCGACAGCCUGCAGCGAGGCCUCCAAGCUGGGAGCAUCCCUGUCCUCGCUCUGCUUACUCGUCAACAGAAAACACACCUAUUUCUGAACAACGUGCUAACACGGUGGGCCUCCAGUCCCCGUCCACCAAAUAAAGCUGUGAAAUGCCAGUACGCAGUAUUUGUAUGAUCCAACUGACUUUGACACAGCUGCCCACCCCCAAACCCUUUCUGAAACCACUACAUGCAGCCGGUGUCAGUUUAAAUUGUGAAAGCUUUAGUUUUUAAAUUUCAGCAUGUUGCACUCUUAACAUAAGUGUCAGUUUUUGUCAAAUCAGUAACAGUAAUAACUUGUACCUACUGGGAGUUGAAGAAAAGCCACUAACGGAAACUGGAUCCAUAGCCAGGUUAAACUGCUAAAAUGCUUUCAGCCCUUUAUAUAAUAACAUGUGAUCACUUGACGAGUUACAAGGACACCUAGCUGCUAAAUGUACAAUUACAUCUGAGUUUUCCACUGUAUGAAUCCGAGGUAAUAAAAAUCCAGCUGACAGCUUUUCAAAGUACUUUCU